GGAGAAUGUGGAGUAACCAGCGGUGGGCCAUUCUGAAUUUCUGCUCAUCACUCAACCAAUGCCCCUCAGCUGCGCAAAUCCACAUCACCUCUCAGGGAGAUAUUGCUUUCUCAUUUUCGAACCUGCCGCUGCUACGUUGGUGCUUUGCCUGCCCGCCUUACCAAGCCAACCUUACAUACCAUACCUCCGACAGUGGAAGUCUCGACCUUCUCUUGGACUUGCUUUGUGCCAAUCAUAGCUCCUCUCGUUAACGGCGUCCUGUACCUUCUACGAAUUUCUUCCGCCGCACGUGUGCAAGUCUCCGGCUACCAUUGUCGCGUGCCCGCCCGACCUCGGACGAACCACGGCUCGCUCAGACUGCACCUGCGUCGGUGGCUGUCCUCAACCACAAAGGGCGCGACCACAAAGGGACGUGCUCCCCCCAGUUCCUCUGCAGCGCUCCCCGCAUCUACCUCUUUCGCGAUGGCAAACUACAAUGAAAUGGGUAUCGAUAUGGAUCGUCGCAACGCGGAACCGCGUCCAUUGACGGAUCACGAGCGCGAACGGUUGGAGGAGUUUCUGGAUUCCAUUCAUUACUCUUCACGGUAUAACGACUCUGAGUACGAGUACAGACACGUUCAACUGCCCAAAGCAAUGCUAAAGGCUAUUCCCAAAGAGUAUCACGACAGCUCAAAGGGUACAUUGAAACUUCUAUGGGAAGAGGAAUGGCGUGGAAUGGGCAUCACCCAGAGUCUUGGGUGGGAACAUUACGAGGUGCACGAGCCGGAACCUCAUAUCCUUCUGUUCAAGUAA